AUGGACCGUGUCGCUGCACCACCUAGACAUCGAGUCGACUCGCGCAACCGCCGCGCCCACUACACCCUCACCCAGACCGACGCCCGGAGGAGCCUGCACGAGAAAGAGGCGGACCCCGCCGACGAGCCGCUGCUGAUCAGGGAGCACAAGAGACGGACCAUCAUGACCAACUCGCACCGCCGAUUCCACCGCCGUGCGCCCCAGGACGGCACCAACGUCCGCACCGUCGGCGUCGAGGUCGUCGCCACAAUCGACACGGCUGGAAACGUCGUUGCGCAGACCACCGUGACCCAGGACUCAGCCGCCCCCGCCGAACCCACCCAGCCAUCAGUGGCCUCGGUACCAUCAGCACCCGCAGAGCCAACUGCGGCAGCAGCAGCUGACGUCUCUGUGGCCGCCGACGUUUCUGCGGCCGCCCUGCCGUCAGUGUCAUCGGUACCGGCCGAGCCCAGCCUCGUUCUCCCGUCUGUGCCCGCUGUGCCGGCCAUGCCCAGCUUUGUCCUUCCGUCGGUCCCCUCUGUGCCAGCAUUUCCCAGUACCUUGACCGUACCCGCAUAUCCGUUUGCCACUCCCAGCGAUGGUGCAGUCGUCGCCGCAGCGGCCGCUGUUCCCUCCUCUUCGUCUUCGUCGUCGUCUCCGUCUUCCAGUGUCACAGCCACCAGCGAGCCUUCGAUUGUCGGCGCACUGACGGCGGUAACAGAGAGCGUGAAUUCCACAACCAGCAUCUCCAGCAGCACUUCGUCAAUUUCGUCCUCCAUAUUAGCCUCGUCGCCUACAUUGUUGUCUAGCAUGAGCGGUUUCACAUAUACGUCAUCCCCUGCGGCCGUGGCAACGCAGACCGGGGCAGUCGGAGGCUCGCCAUCAGGGGACGCAUCUUCUGGUUCCUCACCAUCGACCACUCGCUCGUCCGCUCGCGCUACACCCACCGAGUCUCUCGACGCCGCCGGCUCGUCCUCCUUCUACGGCGCUGGUGGUCCUGGCUGGGAUGGAGGCAGCGAAACUGCUGCUGCUGCCAGCCCCUCAGGAACAGGCGCUGCUGCUGCUGCUGACGAUACCAACACACCCGGACCGCUUGCCACUCCACAGGUCGUGGGCAGUGUGGUGGGCAGUCUGGCUGGCGCCGCCCUUAUUCUGGCAAUCAUCCUCAUGCUGCUUCGCCGCCACAAGCGAAGGCAGGGCGGUGCACUUCAGCUCACUGACAGCCACCCCGCCAACAACGAGCAGGCAAUGCGACAAGUACAGGCGCCGCAACAAAUUCAAGCCCCUGUGCAGUCGAGGGCCAGCCUCGUGCCUUCAGGCUUCCUCGACCGCUUCUCCGGGAUGUCCAGAUCGACCGCCGACACGACCUCGCCCACGGAGCGCAGCUUCCAGCGCGUCUCCGGCCGCAAGCUCCCCUCUGCGUUCAGCGAAGGCAUGACCUCGGACCAAGUCGCGCGCGGCGGCCACAUGUCAGACUCGUCCUUCUACCAGGACGAGCGCAGCACCUGGGGCGCCGGCGCGCUUUCUAAAGAAUACGGCAAAGAAUACGGCAGCGGCGGCGGUGGUGCCAGCAGCAACCCGUUCAGCAAGGAAAUUGGCGACACGCCCGGCGUCCCCAACGUCAGCGUGCGCCCCUCCCCCGCGCGCACCCCCGUCAUCCACCACCCCAACGAGAACCCCUUCGACGACACGAACCGCACCCUCAGUCCCCCCAUGUCGCCAAACCCCUUCAUGUCGCCCGCCGAUCCGCCGCUCCGCUCCGCUCUGGGCAGGAGCUUGCAUUCGGCGGACGGCUCGCGCAGCUCGCGCUUCACGGAAAACGUAUGA